CCCCACGCCCCCUCCUGGCGGUCCUGGGGAGACGGGAUAAAAGGCGAGGGCACAGAGCUGUCACCGCUGCCUGUUGCCACGCCGACGCCAUGGCGGGUUCCGUGGCCUGGACGGGACUGCUGGCCCUGCUGCUCCUCCCACUCGCCUCCCCCGAGAAGCUGGUCUGCUACUUCACCAACUGGGCGCAGUACCGCCAGGGGCCCGCCCGCUUCCUGCCCCAGGACGUGGAGCCCGGCCUGUGCACCCACCUGGUCUACGCCUUCGCGGGCAUGGAGGGCCACCGGCUCAGCCCCAUUGAGUGGAACGACGAGCAGCUGUACCGCGACUUCAACGGCCUAAAGCAGAGGAACCCCCAGCUGAAGACGCUGCUGGCCGUGGGCGGCUGGAACUUCGGCUCCCAGAAGUUCUCGGACAUGGUGGCCACGGCCCAGACCCGGCAGACCUUCGUGGCCUCGGCCGUGGCGUUCCUGCGCAAACACGGCUUCGACGGCCUCGACCUGGACUGGGAGUACCCGGGCGGCCGGGGCAGCCCGCCUGCCGACCGGCGGCGCUUCACGCUCCUGGUGCAGGAGCUGGCGGCCGCCUUCCAGCGCGAGGCCGCGGCCGCGGGGAGGGAGCGCCUGCUGCUGAGCGCCGCCGUGCCCGCCGGGGCCCAGGCCGUGGCCGCCGGCUACGAGGUGGCCCGCAUCGCCCAGAGCCUGGACUUCAUCAGCCUCAUGGCCUACGACCUGCACGGCUCCUGGGAGCCGAGCACCGGCCACCACAGCGCCCUCUUCCCCAGGCCCCAGGAGCGCGGGCCAGCCGCUGAGCUCAACGUGGACCACGCGGUGCAGCUGUGGCUGCAGAAGGGGACCCCGGCCGGCAAGCUGGUGCUCGGCGUGCCCACCUACGGGCGGACCUUCACCCUGGCCUCUGCCACGGACAGCGGGGUGGGGGCCCCGGCCACAGGGCCCGGCGCCCCAGGCCCCUUCACCCGGGAGGCGGGGCUGCUGGCCUACUACGAGGUGUGCACCUGGACGGGGGCGGCCUGGCACCGGCUCCCGGGCCAGCAGGCGCCCUACGCCUCCCGUGGCGACCAGUGGGUGGGCUUCGACGAUGCCGAGAGCCUCAAGGCCAAGGUCGGCUACCUGAAGGGGAAGGGCCUGGGCGGCGCCAUGGUCUGGGCGCUGGACAUGGACGACUUCUCGGGCUCCUCCUGCGGCCGGGGCCGGUUCCCCCUCAUCCGGACGCUGCGCUCGGAGCUGGGUGAGCCGGGGCCAGGUCUCCCAGCCCCGCCUUCCCAGCGCCCCCAGCCCGAGGCUCCGGCCCCCGCCCCGCCCUCUGAGCCCGAGGGCGGCCCCGGCCCCGGCCCCGGUCAGCGCCCCGGACAAGGCCCCUCCUGCCAGGGCCAGGCCGACGGGCUGUACCCGCACCCCCAGGACCCGGCCGGCUUCUACAGCUGCGCGGGCGGCCGGCUCUUCCUGCAGCGCUGCCCGCAGGGCCUGGUGUUCAGCGCCGCCUGCCGCUGCUGCACCUGGGCGUGAGCCCGCCCCCGGCCCCCCUCAGCCCCCCCGGCUCCCCCGGCCCCCCCCGGCCCCCUCAGCCC